AUGCUCUCCAAGAUGCUGAACACCAAUGCUGUGAAGUUUCUGAUCUUUCCUGUGAUGGGAAAUGCUGACAUCAUAGAGCACUUCCAGAAGCUCAAAGAGGAUUCUGAGGUGCAGUCGGUUGUUUUGCUGAACUGUGGAGCCAGUGUAGAUCUCCAGAAGCACCUGCAGCAGGUAGGAGACCAUGUGAAGUGCUUUGUCAUCGAUGCACAUCGCCCUGUAAUGCUGGAGAACAUGUCGAAGCACAACCAACGAGUUGUGGUUCUUGACGACGAUCCGAUUGCAGAGAAUCGAGGAGAGCGUCCUCCGAUUGAGGAAUUUGAUGAAAGCGACGCAAGCAAUUCCGAGGAUGACAAGGAGAAUGACCAUGAUCCCAACGAGAGCGAAGUUGUCAAGAACCAGAAACGUCGGAUAGACAGACAGGAGCGGCUUCGCCGGAAGCGCCGGCGCCUGCGAGAGCAUACUCUCACAUCGUACCAUGCAAUGCCGGUGUCCAUGUCAGUCUUCCAGAUGGCGAAACAGGCAGCAGAACCUUCAAAGGACUUCCUUUGGCUGGCAGCUGUGGGCGUGUUGGGCUACAUGGACUUGGGCCUCAUGAGUGAGCAUCAGUACAGUCGAUUGGCAUGGGAGGGGCUGAAAGAGGCUUUAGACAGUACCAACGACACGCUCUUGUCCAACAGCGGUGUUCGCUCCACGGGACCAACCCAGACAGAUGGUGAUGAGUCAGACGAAGAGCGAUCCGCCAAACCGGUGAGAAGUGUGGAACAACGACGACUUCGAUUUGAAAGUGAUCUCAGGUUGACCCUCUACAAGCAUUGGAAUCUGGAAGAAUCGAUGAUGCAUAGUGCUUAUGUCUACGGGACUUUUGAGCUGCACCGGGAUAUUGGUUUGAGAGCGCUGAAGUCUUUCUUCGCAACCUCUGGUCUUAUGCCUAGUGACUACACCCAAGUCUUCCGGCACAUGUCAGCACCUGUACGCACAUCACUCCGCAAGAUCUUCGCAGAUCAUGGAAAGGCAUAUGGCUUGACUGAGAAUCGCAUCUUCUUGGACCAGUUUGUGCAGGACCUGGGCAGCUUGCAGAAGGAGAAUGACCUUCAGCCACAAAUCUCAUGUUCUGAUGUUGUCCACAUUAUUUUUUCCUUGCUCUGUGGUUCCAGUUCGGCUUUGGAAGCGGUGCCUCUAGCAGAACAUAAGGACCAUGAUGCCAUCAACCGCAUGGAGAAAGAAGCAAUGUGGGACAAUUUCUAUCGGGCAUUUGAUGCUGUGAUGUGUACCAAUGCAGGUCUGAUGCGUCAGGGCAUCGUGGAGGCCGUGGAAAUGGCCAAGGCAGUGCAGACUUUGGCCCGUCAAAUCAGGGACACAAAAGCCAUGAAGGCAACCAAGCGGUUUAGAUGGUGCAAAAUUGACCAGCCACCAAUGAUCUUCCGGCAUACCUUGGCGGUCAGAAAGCUCGCAAUGUGGCUCUCGCAGACGCUUUACUCGUUCAAAGCGCGUGGUCAUGGGUCAGAGCUGGAACGUCCACUACUGGUGGUGGUCCGUGAUGUGAUCAGUGAGACGUACCUCUGCGUUGGGGCAACGCCUCAAUCGGUGUCAGAUCAAGACGAGUUUGGAAUGCUCUUCCGAGAGGUCUUCAAAAAGAACACUUCUUUGCGGUACCGUUAUGACUUCUUUGACAAGUCCUGCAUUGGAGUCGCUGCAGAUGACAUUGACCGAUUCCUGAAUGCCGCUAUGCCUCUAAGUGACUAUGCCACUAUGCUGUGUCUAACAGUGCUGUCUGUUCUCGCUGCAAAAAAGUUGACCGCAACUGUUGUGGAUGUGACAGGGGACAAGAGCAAGAAAGAUAUUGGAGAAAUGUUCUGCGUCACCAUGUCGCGCCGAGAUGAGGAGGCACAGAAGCUGGGUGGUUUCAAUAUCACGCUUCGAGAAAACAUCGCUCGUUACUUCGGUGUGCCGGUCCGGGUGCACAGAUGGGCUGCUGGCAACAACGGCGGACUUGCGCUGGUCAAGACUAUGGCAGCUGCUGAGCCGGACUAUUAUGAGCUUCUGGGUGUCUCCAAGGGUGCCACACUGCAGGAGAUCCGUGCAGAAUUCCGUAAAAAAGUCUUGGCAGAGCACCCGGACAAGGGCGGUGAUCCCAAGAAGUUCCAAUUGCUGAACAAGGCGUACAAUGUCCUCACAGACCAGGACAAGCGACGUCGCUAUGACACCACUGGAAGAACAGACAGGACCGCAGAGGAGGAGUUUGCAGAGUCCUUUGGUGGAGGCCGACUGUCAAAAGAGCAGCGGCCAAAGGAGGCAGAUGAAAGGGCAGUUGUCAACAUGGAGGAGCGCAUCUCCAAAGGUCCUCAGGGUGAGCACGAGGAGGGCUUCUCGGAAUGGCUACGACAGCGUGACCAGCAAGAAAUGGUCAUGACAGACAAGGACUUCAUGAAGACAGCUCUUUUCAAUGCGGCAGAGAUGACGUCACAAGUGAAACAUUCCGGGCUGGUGCAGCAUGUCUUGGGCUCGCCAAAGACAGAUGCUUAUGGACAGACACUGGGAGGUGCCGUGCAAGUACAGUCAAAGCCAAAACCAGUCAAGAAGACCAUUGACCAUGAUGAACUCUUAGUGCGAAUGUUGGCAGUCCCCGUGGACGACUCCAUGGUGUAUGCAGAGUUGAACAAGAGCGGAGUUUGCCUUGGAAUGACUGGCGUUGGGAGGAUUGAGCAGGCCGGCACAAGAUGUGCGGAACUGAAGGAGGAGGAUGCGGUGCUCAUCUUGCCAAAGCCGACCAAAUUCUCCUCACAGAGGCCAAUUGGUUCCGCGCGCACAUUGCUCCACUGCAAUGAAGAGGAUGUGAUUCGCAUUCCAGCAGAUGUUCUGGAAGAGCUCACUCCGGAGCAGAUCUGUUUGGCUCCAACCAUUGUCUGCGCCUAUUUGCUCCUGGAGAUCUUCGGGGCAAAGUUGAAGCCAGGUGAUUCGGUUCUGCUCAAUGCCGCACACCUCAGCGCAGCGGGAUCCUCUCUGUUGCAGCUUUGCAAGCUCUUGAAAUUGAAGCCCCUCUGCUUGCUGCCUUUGCCGGGAGCACCCAAGCACUUGGUGAAGGGCGAGUACGGCUCCAAGAGCGCUUGGCAGGAUGCUGAGACGCGAUCGCAGCCAACGAAGAAUGUGCAGAGCCAAUACGAACGCAUCAGCGAGUGGUUGCUGACCAUGGGUGCAGAAGAGGUCUUCCCAGACGCUGUGGCGUUGCUGCGAUGGCGUGACCGCAACCAGCGCAUGCUCCCAAAACUGGCCUUGGAUGGCAUUGCCACAAGAGAUUCAGCUGAGCAGCUGAUCCAUUGUUUGCAGCCAGGGGACAAGGACGCUCAAAUGGUGGUGUAUGGCCAUGGUGUGCAGCAGCCGAUUGAGAUCGCGCCACCUCUAUUGGCAGCAUGGGGUGGAAGCUUGAUUGGUUUCAACAUCGCACGCUGGGUCCAUGCUCUUUCUGCCAAUGCCAAGAAGAUGAUGGCAGUUAUGGAGAACAUCACCAAACUUGUACGCGCCAACAAGUUCACUUUGGACACUGUGCUUUACAAAGUGGGCGAAGACGCGAUCAGCGAUGCUUUUGGCCGAGCAGCUGAUGCCUCCGACAGUGCGCAGGUGGUCUUGAUCUUUCCCACGCUGCGCGAGGAGUUGCAGAGCAACCCUGAACCAAUGGAUGAUCCUGCGCCCCGUGGAGCUGCCAAGGGUCCAGAUGGUGCGAAAAAGAAGGAAGAGGACGAACGCGAGAAAUUGAAGGAAGACUGGCUGAAGCUGCUCUUCACAGACCGCAGCGUGGCAGCUGGUGCACCUGAAGGUCCGUUGCCAAGUGUCUUGGAGGUUGGUGAGCAGAGGCGACCAGAGUCGCUGGUCGUCUGGCUGGGUGACAAUCCCAAGUCGGAGAACAUUGCGCUCAAGGACGUCUCCAAUGUGCUGGGACGAGCUGGUUUGGUGUCGCUCUCUUGGUCGCAACAUCCUGCUGGUGAAGGAAUGUUGGAGUUUGAGGUUUCCUCGUCAGAAGUUACGGAUGGCACCUGGUACAUGCGCAAUCGGCAGUCGUUUGAAAACGAGGACCUGGACAUGUUGCACGAUGUGGAGGUCUUGGGCCGUUCUUUGGUCGAAGCCUUGGAACCGAAGCUGAAGCAGAGCGGUCUGGGCUGGAAAAAUGUGAUCCUGUGCGGCUUUGGAAAGGGCGCUGGUGUGGCAUUGUAUGCGGCCCUGAUGAAGCUGAUCCCGCAGCCGGUGUCUGCCAUGAUCUUCUUUAGUCCAAUUGUGGCGUUCCCAGGCUACCUGGCAGAACGCCUUGGCAGCAUGGCUCGUGAUACGAAAACUGUGAAGACCUUCAUCGUGUGGGGCAACCGCAACAAGUCCACCCCAGGCUCCUACCGGCAACUUCUGGCCCAGGCGCUUCGAAAGGCACCCGAGGUGCACUUGACUCCUGACACUCUGCCGGAGGGCGACCACACCUUCGAUGUGAAGAGUUUUGGAGUGCUCAGCUCUCUGCUGCCACUGUGCUUGCCUCGAUGA